UGGGUCCGAGCCUCACAGCGGUGAGUUCAGCAGCUGUAGCCUACAACCGAUUCCGCUCCACUUUAAUUGUCUAGAGAAUAAGAACCGAUAAGUUGGAAGUAAUUUGGCCUUCCUUUGUUUGGGAUACAGUAUAGAAGCAAACGGGACGCUAGAUGUCUUUGCAAGAGCUACCAAGCUCCUUUGGAGUCAUGUUCUCAGCGUUCACUCUGCCCAUGAAAACGGAGCGCAGUCAAAAUAAGGAGAGGUUGGAGGCCAGUCUGGCCGACUUGUGCGAGCUGGAACUGCUCAAACAGAGGCAAGAAACCAGGGUGCUGAGCGCUCUCUGGCCCAGGGACUCUCCCGUUCACCACCGUCUGCCUUGGGGAGCUUUACAGUCGGCAGGUUGCGCCUUGGACGCACCAAACGGGGAUGUGAGGGAUGACGAUGGCUUCGGGCUCCAAACAAGCAAUCUCCAGUCUCCCCAGCAGUGUCCCUGGGGUAUAAAGGCAUCUUUAGAACAGCAGGUAGCAGAGCUGAAGGUAAACACUGGAGUCAAAUCAGCAGAUUCCCCUAUUGAUCUGGAGGACAACAGACUCUGUUCAGCUGAGGUCCUUGUAGUCCAGCAGAAUGGAUCUUUUCAAUCAACUUACAACUCCUUGCUACCUCGUUCACUAUUGGCUCCUAGCCAGGGGAGAGCAGAGAUGGUGACAGGAGAAACAUGGUUGUCACAGGCAACAAGACGAACAAUGGUUACUGAUGCCUUUGGGGAGAUGAGGGAUAUUGACUCCAAACGAGAAGAUUAUCAACAUGCCCAAAAGGUAGAGACUUAUAUAUUUGGACUGAUUCAACGCCGAGCUUUACUCACACGGCCCUCAAAGCCCCGCACUAGCUUGGCACAUGAUACCCAAGCUGUCAGUAUGGUGAGGCAGACUAAUUUAUCUUGCAAGGAGGACCAACAUUCACCAAAGCAGGUGUCUGUUCAAAUGAUCUCUACUCUGUCCCAGUGUUUAGAGGUAUCUGCACCACAGGCUUGCCAUAACCUAAAUCUGGAGCGUUGCUUAUUGACAGAGUUUACUGAAGAUGCCCCAGACCCAUGCCAUCACCUCCAGAAAAGUGUCCAACAUCAACCAGGGUUUUGUCACAAGCCCAGACAGAACCUCGUGAUUAACACCUCCCGCUCUGCCUUGCUGGACUAUCCAUCUUGCAGAGUACUGAAAGCUCAGCCAGAGUCCAGCAAUAGUGAACGUGAUUCACCUGAACACUUCCACAACUACCCUUCCCCUCCAGCUUUAUUAAAACCUCACCAACCUCUUGCUCCCGAUGAGCAACUGGUCAAUGCAGAGUAUAUUCCAGCCCAGCCCUGCCGAGCCUCCACCAGAGCUUAUGCUAAUCACCACUCUAAUCCCCAUAAAGGCUCUGGUAUGUCCAAGCACAACCAAAGCACAUUUUCUCCAGAAAGAGGUCAUCAUCAAGAGCAGCAGUCCACAGCAUUUCAGAUUCAACCCUCAAGAUGCCGAGGGGGCCCUAAAAAGUGCCGUUCAAAUGAAGACAGAAGUGGUGCCAGCAGGAAGCUAGGGAAGAAGUCAUAUAGGUCUCAGUCAGAGAACAGCCUGCAAAGAGUUCCAGAGCACAAGUACAAUACAGUAGAGAGGGAUGGUGGAGGAAAUGGAAGUGGUGGAAGGGGAAGCCACAGUAGUCAAUCCAGGAGCAAGAAACAGCAGCAAGGAACUGUUAGUUAUCGGGGCUGUCAGUCUACCCUGGAGCUCAGCCAAGACGAGGCUGACCAGCUACUCACCCAGGCACCCAUACAAGGUUCUUCAGCUUCAAACCAAAGAGACCACUGUGCAAGGCGCACACGUAAAUCUCGUUCUGCACAUGCAGCAUAUGCCUACCCACACCGCAACCACAACCAUCAUCAGCACAUGGAGUACCAGUUGAGGAAGGAUCAAGUGCGACUGUGUCAGCCUACUGAGGACUACAUUCACCCAGUUCCAGGUGAAUCUGAGUCCAGCAUGAGCGAGGCUGACUCUCCUGAUUCCAGUUCUUUGUCCAGUGACUCAGAUGAAAGUGGUGGUUUGGUUUGGCCCCAGCAACUGCCCCCUCAAGUUUCCCUCCCAUCACCUCUUGCCCCACCAGAAGCACCUCUGCAGCCCAAAGCUUUUGUCAAGAUUAAGGCCUCACAUGCCCUUAAGAAGAAGAUCCUACGCUUCCACUCUGGUUCACUGAAGGUAAUGACCACUGUGUAAAGUAGAAUACUGGUCUAACUAAAGGAACAUGACCUGCAGAACUUUGGAAUAUGUAAAAUGAUGCCCCACAAACUGUAGUGAAUAUAUACAUCAGUGUGUAUAUAAAAGUACUAUGAGCUUGGCUGAGUGAAUUGACUAGAUUGAUAUAGAAUAUCCUUAACACGAAAUGUAUUGGAAAUUGUACAUGAAGUUUGUAUUUCUCUAAAAUUCUUAACACACUGGGGGCUAAUUUUCCUCACACAUUACCCGAGAGUACAUAAUAGUUCAUUCUCACAUGGUCUUUGAGGUCACAGUGAACUGAACUGAAUUUUUGACCUUGUACAGAUGAAUCCCCAAUAUACUAAUUAUUUUAAGGAACAUAGGGUGUUAUAGAAGACUGUUUACAUAUUCUUAUUCUAAGCCUUCUUUAAUCGAUUUUUGUGUGGCUUGGUUGUACAAGUGUCCCAAGUCAGAAUCACCAAACUGUCUUAUACAAUAUUUGUGUUAUGUUAGUCUGACAAAUGCCACCUGUUAAUGUUUAACUGUGUGUUUGUGAGAUCUGAUUAGUACUAUAACACCACCAAACUGCUGCAGUUUUAAAUGCUUCAUUCACAAAAAUGAGAGAAAAAACACUUUCACAUUACAGACCUUAGAAUCAGGAAUUACUCAAAUACAUUCAUUCAUUCAUUCAUUUUCUACCGCUUAGUCCCUGAACGGGGUCACGGGUGGGGCCGGAGCCAAUCCCGGCCUACUCAAAUACAUAACUGUGGUAGUGUAGUGAUUGGAGGAUGUAGUAGAUAAGUUUAAUAGAGUAGAUGUAGUAGAUAAGUUUAAUAGG